AUGGCAUCAACUAAACCAAGCUUAUCAAGGAAAAAAAGAGCAACAAACAAUUCUACAGGCAAUUCUACAGGUUCACCUUCUGCUGAUAGUGGCACCUCACAAGCACAAUCAAGUUCUUCCAGUUCUUUUGCGUCAUCGAAUACCAAUGCCCCUCCUCCUCCUCUUCCUCCUCCUUCUUCUUCUUCUGCUACCACUUCUUCCUCUGCUCCUCCUCCUAGGUUGACUGCGCAAAGAAGUGUCCCCGCCUUUCUUAACAAAUUAUACAAUAUGGUAGAGGAUUCAACAACAAAUGAUUUGAUUCGAUGGUCAAAAGAUGGAACAUCUUUUAUAGUUGAAAGACAUGAAGAGUUUGCUAAAACAGUCCUACCAAGAUUCUACAAGCAUAACACAUUUGCAUCAUUUGUACGCCAAUUGAACAUGUAUGAUUUCCACAAAGUUCCUCAUCUUCAACAAGGUGUUAUGAUUGCAGAAAAUGAAUAUGAAAUAUGGGAAUUUAGUAAUCCUCAUUUCCAACAGGGAAGACCUGAUCUCCUUGUACUUGUUACCAGAAAACGAAAUCGGGAUAAAGAUAUUGUUGAUACAGAAAAUGUCACUUUAUCCACUCUUGUACAAGAUUUGUCUGCUAUAAAGAAACAACAAUCGUCGAUUGGUAUUGACUUGAGAGAUUUGCACCGUGAUAAUGAAAUUCUCUGGCAGGAGACUCUGAACGCAAGGGAAAAGUACCAGAGUCAUCAAGAGGCCAUUGAAAAAAUCCUACAAUUUUUGACCGCCAUCUUUGUAAAUGACCAUCUGGCAAUUAGCAUGAAUAACGGCGAUUCACUCCCCAGAGGUUUAAUUGAAGAAGCGGCAUCGCUUGCUGGUAUGUCAACUAAAUUGGAUGACAUGAGCAAGAUCAAUUCCUCAACACCUAUGUCUUCUUCAGUUGCAUCUUCUGCUCUUUCUAAUAUUUUCUCUUCUGCUAUCCGUCUUUAUUCUGCCAGCAAUUCCCCAGAUCAACGCAAUAUAAAUCAAGCCAAUAAAACUGAGGAUGGCAAACCCAUGCCUAAUUCAUUUGAAUCUGUAAUUCAAUAUCCUCAGUCACCUCAAGAAAUGACUUCUGAUCAAGAUAAAGCCCCAUCGAUUGUGGACUUUUCUAGAACCUUAAAUAUAGCCACUCGUUCUGCACAGAGUAUCACGCAAGACAUCGAUAUGCUUCAAGCAAGUAUUGAGUCAUUAGCAAACAAUUUAGGUGUUGACCCAAGCCAAUUUGAUGAUGAUAUGGAAGCAGACAUAGGCUUACAUGAUAAUUAUAGUCAUAUGCUUUCAACUGUCAAUCAACCAAAUGACCCAAAACUAUAUGCUAUUGCAGACACCAAUCCCGAGUUUUAUGACUCUUAUAGACGCAAACCUGAAAAUAUGACUAAUGUGGUACCUAAUCAAUUCUCAUUUAACCUUCAAAAUCCUCCUCCUUCUUCUCGACAAUAUCAACAGCAACAACAACAACAAAAGCUA